AUGAGUGGGCAAAUGUUGACCGGCAGGCUUCGAACCGCCUCGCGACGCGCGAACGCCGUCGGCUCAACCCGCUACAUUCACCGUUUCCAGACUGGCGGCCUUCUGCAGGCAGACGGCUCGAUUCGCGCAACCCAGCGGCGUCUGUGGCUCGGCGGCAACGCCUUCCACAAUGCAGUUGCCGUCAGAAAUGCAUCUUUUGCUCGAUUCUUGCCGAAGCUGGUGCUGAAGUUUGUACGGAUUCCCGCGAUGUUUGGUGGCCUGGCAAUAGGAGCUUUUGCUUGGGUUCAGUAUCAGGCAAAUCAGGCCGGCGCUUAUGCCAUCGAUAUUUUCCAUUCGACCAAAGACACAGUUACGGACACAGCUUCGAAUCUUUUUGGCAGCGCCAAGGGAGUCGCUGAGCAAACACUUCAAGGCUGGGAGAAUACGAAGGACCAGAUUGAGCUUCCUAAAUGGCUGAAAAACCUGGUUCAGACUUCUCAGGAAGUUACGAGCGGCGGCGGCGGUGGUGGUGGCAAUGGUGGCGACCCAAAGCACAGCAAACUCGGAGCAGCCGCCGCGGUUGGGGCUGCUGCAGCCGGCUAUGGCUAUGAGGGAGCAGACGACUCACAAUUGAGCGAAGAAGAUGCAAAAGACGACCAAAUGAUGCUUCUUACCAAGAAAAUGAUCGAGAUUCGCACGAUAUUGCAAAAAGUUGGACAGUCUAGCACCCUCACACUGCCGUCGAUUGUCGUGAUCGGAUCACAAUCUUCAGGCAAAAGCUCAGUAUUAGAGGCGAUCGUCGGCCAUGAGUUUCUGCCAAAGGGGUCAAACAUGGUAACUCGCAGACCUAUUGAGCUGACCCUCGUCAACACACCAGGCUCUACUGAGGAAUAUGGAGAGUUUCCGGAACUCGGUCUGAAGCACAUCAGUGAUUUCACAUCUAUUCAAAGAACCCUUACCGACCUCAAUCUGGCUGUCCCCGAUUCUGAAUGCGUGUCUCACGAACCUAUUCAACUCACAGUCUACUCUCCAAAUGUCCCAGACCUGUCCCUGAUUGAUUUACCUGGUUACAUUCAAGUGGUUGGCCAAAAUCAGCCGCUGCAGCUGAAGCAGAAGAUAUCCGAACUUUGCGACAAGUAUAUCCAGGCACCCAAUGUGAUUCUCGCCAUUUCUGCCGCAGAUGUUGAUCUUGCGAACUCUACUGCUCUGCGCGCUUCGCGGCGAGUCGACCCACGCGGCGAGCGAACUAUCGGAGUAAUCACCAAGAUGGAUCUGGUCGAUGCAGUGCGCGGAGCAGCCAUUCUGAAUGAUAAGCAAUACCCACUUCGCCUUGGUUACGUCGGUGUUGUAUCGCGAGCACCCCACUCCCAAGGAUUGUUCAAAAUGGGCGCAUCGAAUCUGCUGGCUACCAUAACGAAGAAUGAGAACUCAUUUUUCUCGUCUCAUCCGAUGGAAUAUGGUCCGGAAGCCGGAGUGAGCGUUGGCACGACAACUCUCCGGAAGAAGCUCAUGCAUGUGCUAGAGCAAACAAUGUCUUCCAGCUUACAAACCACAAGCGACGCUAUCCGCCAGGAGCUUGAGGAAGCUACAUAUGAAUUCAAGGUACAAUACAACGACCGUCCACUAUCUGCGGAGUCAUACCUAGCGGAGAGCUUAGAUGCCCUGAAGCACUCCUUCAAACAGCUGACGGAGGAGUUCGGUCGACCGCAAAUGCACGAGCUUCUGAAGAGUGAAUUGGACCAGAAAGUGCUUGAUCUGCUCGCAGCCAGGUACUGGAAUAAACCAAUUACUGACUUGCUGCCUCCGCACCCCGAAACAGACAAGAUAGCAGAUCUGCCUAAAGCCGACUCUGAUUCGCUUUAUUGGCGUCGUCAGCUGGAUGCUUCCUCCUCAGCAUUAACAAAACUUGGGGUCGGAAGAUUGGCAACCACUGUCGUUGCCACAGCAAUUCAGGACAGCGUUGAAGCGCUUUUGGACCAAUCCAGCUUUUCCAAUCACCCAUUUGCGAGGAGUGCAGUUAUGGACGCUGCAUCAACAAUUUUAAAUGAGCGAUUUUACAGCACGAGCGAUCAGGUUGAGAAUUGUAUCAAGCCGUAUAAAUUCGAGAUCGAUGUUGAGGAACGGGAGUGGGCUCAGGGCAGACAACACGUCGGCAAUGUAUUAAAGAAAGAGCUGAAUGAUUGCGAAACAGCACUGUCAACCCUCGAAACUACAGUUGGCGGACGCCGCAAACUAAGGGAAGUCAUGUCAUUUGUCGACAAGGCUCGCAAGGGCGACGUUACAGUAGAAGGUGACGGACGCAGUGGUGCCGGUGGAUUCAGCGCUGCAUUGCUUAGCAAAGGUCGCGAAGCAGUCUUCCUCCUGCCCCGAGGUAUUCCUUGA